AUGUCGUCCAAUUUGUUGAACUUCAACAAACCAUGCAACGGAUGUCGACGUCGAAAGGUCCGCUGCGAUAAGGCCAAGCCCUGCCUCAACUGCGUUCGCCAUGGCAUUGCCUGUGUCUACGACCCCCAGAGGGAGCCCGGCCUCCCCAACCCCGAGAGCCAACAACAGUUGCAAGAAAGAGUCGACCGACUCGAAAGGGUCAUCGAGGAGAUGAAGGGCAUGUCUGUGCGAGGGGAAUUGCACAAGGGCGCCAGCAGUUCGUUCCCAUCUGCGAGUCCGGCAACAAGUCACUUUGGCGAGUCUUACAACGAACGAGAUGAGUCCCUGGCUGGGGACCCUGGGAUGCAGGUUUACGACGAAAACGUGUCCUAUUAUCUUGGUCCCGACUACUGGCUCAACCUUCAAGACGUCGUUUACGAACCACGAUGUCUGUUCCGUAUCGACUCGGAUAAGACGGGAAAAAAUCCGGCGAGUCCGUCGUCGUGGCCCAUUGGUCGAACGCCCGUUCUGGCCGAUCUUUCCCAUCUACACCUUGAACCCGAAAAAGAAGACAUCUUGACCGACGUUUUUCUCGCCCAUAUUGAACCCUUUGUUAGGAUAGUCCACGAAGGCUACUGGCGGCAGCAAAUCACAGAUUUUCGAGUUGGCGUCCACAAAGUCCCGAUAGACGUGGAGGCUGGCAUGUUUGCAACCCAGGCCAUGACUGUUGCUGCAAUGCCAGCAAAUCUUGUCCAAGAAAGGCUCGGUAAGCCUAAGAAGGACCUCCUUCGACACUUGCAGGAAGCUACUCAAUUAGCUCUUGAGAGAGCAGACAUUUUGCGGAGCAGAAAGGUUAUGGCAUUUUUUGCCCUGCUCUAUCAUAUUCAAGCCAAGUUCAUCACUGGUGACGGGGAAGUUGCAGUUUCUCUCCUAGGGCUGGCGGGUCGUUUCGGUACAAGACUUGGAUUACACCGGGAUCCAAGUCACUAUAGCUAUUCGCCCUGGAUAGCAAAUAUGAGGCGCCGUCUCUGGGCUCACUUCGAAGUCAUGGACAACCCAGUGUAUAAUCUAGAGGGCGCAGAUUCCGGCUUGCCAUCAAUAUCCGACGUCCAGCCCGCAAAGAAUGCAAACGACAGUCAGUGGAUACCAAAUAGGUUUGCAAAACCGGGUUCUACUCCUCCAGAUCAAGACGGAAUCACAGACAUGUCAUUUGUCCUCGUACGGCAACAUCUGCUCAAGACAAUGCAGUCAAUAACGCGAAAGAGGAACGACACUAGCCCUGAAGAGCUCAGUAGGAUAAUUGACCAGACUGAGAAUUUUAUCAAGGCCAAGUUCGUUUCCCACGUUGACAGUAGCUCUGCAAGCCAUGCAAUCAUUGUAUCAUACUUCAGGGCAAGCAUGAGGAGCAUGCGGCUUCUUGUAGAAACUGUCGUGGCUCGACAUACAGGUGCAGGACAAGAUGCCGAGUUCCGGUCGGGGUUCUAUCAAGAAUGUGUAGAGAUACUUGAAGAAGCUGAACGUGGAGAAGCCGUGGCUAUUCAAAACCACUGGGGCUGGAUCUACCGAUGGCCGACAACACCUAGCACGAUUUCGAACAUUCUCAUCGGUCUCGCUCAGCAACCAAAACACCCGGUUACGGAUCGAGCAUGGAGGCAAAUGAACAUUGUGUUCCGCAGACAUAAUAACGAGGAUAUCAGCAUGCGCAAGUUCGCCGCGUGGAGGGUCCUUGAAGCGCUAUGCGACCAAGCUAUGCUUUACCACAAGCAGAGAUCACACGAGGGAGCCUGGUACGCCCAGAAGCUCGACCAAGUUCAGACCAUGACCACGGUACAGGGAAAGGCCUCCCUCUCACUGGAGAACGCGACCGUCGACGACAUCCUGGGCGACGUACAAAUGUUUGGGCAAGACGCCUCAGUCUUGGGCGGCCACAGUUAUUUCGCAGCACAGCAAGCACUUGAACCGUUGGGUUAUCCUCCUUGGAACCAAUCAUCACCAGAUCAAUCUCACGGACCGGGCCAACCACACCCGCAUCCGCAUCCGCAUCCGCAUCCGCACCCUCAUCCGCACCAGCCUCCGUCUGAUGAUGGCGAAGACAUUUAG